GUGGCUCCAUCUACCGAUAGCACCAAAACUGUGUUGAACAAUCCGUUUUCAUCGUCUUGCUGCAGAUUUUUUUUGUACAUUCUACACGUUACAGAGUAAGAAUAUUUAUUGAGGAAGUUAUCCACAAUGCCUGAGGCGAAGACGAAUUCGGGAAAUGGAAAUAAACAGGGUGCUUUCAAAGACAAGGACAAGCCCACCGAGAUUCGUAUGAGUAACAUUACAGCUGCUAAAGCUGUUGCUGAUGCGAUCAGAACAAGUCUUGGACCUAAAGGGAUGGACAAAAUGAUCCAAAGUGGAAAUGGUGACGUAACAAUCACCAAUGAUGGCGCUACAAUUUUGAAGCAAAUGCAGGUGUUGCACCCUGCUGCAAGAAUGCUUGUAGAACUGUCUAAAGCUCAAGACAUAGAGGCCGGAGAUGGUACAACAACUGUGGUGGUGAUUGCGGGAAGUUUGCUUAGUGCCAGUGCUAAACUACUGGAGAAAGGAAUUCACCCCACCACUGUAUCAGAAUCUUUUGAGAAGGCAGCAGCUAAAGCAGUGGAAAUACUGACAACCAUGUCCACCCCAGUCGCUCUUAGUGACAGAGAAUCUCUCCUGAAAAGUGCAAUGACAUCGCUAAGUUCUAAGGUUGUUUCUCAGUACUCAAAUCUCCUGGCACCAAUUACAGUGGAUGCUGUACUCAGAGUCAUUGAUCCUGCAACAGCUGAAAAUGUUAACCUUAAAGAUAUCAGAGUUGUGCAGAAAUUGGGUGGCACAGUUGAUGAUACAGAGCUUGUGGAGGGUCUUGUUCUGGAACAAAAAAUCAGCCAUUUGGCUGGAGGAAUAUCUCAAGUAGAGAAAGCCAAAAUUGGUCUCAUACAGUUCUGUAUUUCACCUCCAAAAACAGAUAUGGAAAAUCAAGUAAUAGUUAGUGACUACACACAAAUGGACAGAGUGUUACGUGAGGAGCGUCAGUACAUCCUGGAGAUCUGCAAGAAAAUUAAAAAGGCUGGAUGCAAUGUAUUGCUUAUCCAAAAAUCUAUUUUAAGAGAUGCUGUCAGUGAUUUAGCCCUCCAUUUCUUGAACAAAAUGAAGAUUCUGGUUGUGAGGGACAUAGAAAGAGAUGAAAUAGAAUUCAUAUGCAAGAGCUUAGGAUGUAAACCAAUCGCCAGUUUGGACCACUUCACUCCGGAGAUGUUAGCAACUGCAGAGCUUGUGGAGGAAGUCCCUCUGGGAACUAGCAAGGUUGUCAAGGUGACUGGGGUAACCAAUCCUGGUCGAACAGUUAGCAUACUGGUGAGAGGAUCCAACAAGCUUGUCUUGGAAGAAGCCGAACGAUCACUGCACGAUGCUCUUUGUGUUGUGAGAUGUCUGGUGAAAAAGAGAGCUCUCAUAGCAGGAGGUGGAGCUCCAGAGAUCGAAGUGUCCAUCAAGCUGUCUGAGCAUGCGCGCACGUUAACAGGAAUGGAGGCAUACUGUGUCCGUGCCUUUGCAGAGGCGUUGGAAGUAAUCCCUUACACUCUGUCAGAGAAUGCUGGUCUGAAUCCUAUUGCUACAGUCACGGAGCUACGGAACAGGCAUGCAAAGGGCGAAACUACAGCAGGAAUAAAUGUCAGGAAGGGCACCAUUACUAAUAUUCUGGAAGAGAACGUUCUGCAGCCGCUGCUUGUAUCAACUAGCGCUAUUCAAUUGGCAUCCGAGACUGUUCGUAGUAUUCUGAAGAUCGACGACAUUGUAAAUACGAGAUGAAUGUCCAAGGGGAGAUAAGAAGCCAUCUGCCGCUGGCAUGCGUGCGGGCGUGUGUAUAGGAGAGACUAUAAACAGAUCGACAACUUCUCAAAACAAACCGUUCAGCUUGAUGUUAGCAUUUUGCUCAGUGUUGAGUGGCCAGUUUCCCAUUAUGAAAUGGAGACGUUUUGACAACUAAAUUACUCGGAAAUUCUGAUUUCCAAUCCUAGUCCCAUUAAAAAGAAUGAAAUACCUUG